UUUUCAUUAUGUUUUGACGUGUUCGCCUGCUCAUAUGAACACGGCUCAAGGAUCAAGACUUAAGCGAGAAAUAUAUAAAGCUUAUACAAACAAUUGUAUAAACAGUUUAACUUGUACAUUUGAGGCGACAGUUCUAAGUGGUACCUAAACAUGCAGCUGUUCGUAGUCCUCUCCGUGCUAGCGGCGGUAGCGUUCGCGCGUCCGGAUGAUGGCGACCACUACGACUCUAAAUACGACAACUUUGACGUGCAGACAUUGAUUGAUAACCCUCGGCUGAUGAAAGCGUAUACGAAGUGCCUGCUCAGCAAGGGCAGCUGCACCGCCGAAGGAGCCAGUUUUAAGAAGAUCCUCCCCGAAGCCGUAGCGACGACCUGCGCCAAGUGCACCCCCAAGCAGCGCCAGAUCGUCCGCACCGUUAUCAGAGCCCUCCAGAAGCAGAUGCCCAACGACUGGGAUCAGCUGGUCAAGCUCCACGACCCUGAGGGCAAGUACAAGGAGUCCUUUGGCAAGUUCCUGGCCUCAACAGACUAGAACAGCUGGAGUUUUAGGAUCAUUCAACGGGCUGUCCCGUACAAACGCAUUUUAUUUCGUGUAUCAGAAUUAGAACUUCUUUUUGAUGAUUAUUUUUGACUACUUGUCAUUAAAAAUGGAACUCCUAUCCUAUACUUGAAAAUCUACAGAAAAUUUGCGUUUGUAUGGGACAACUUUAGACAAUUUCACGGAAUUUCGUGAUUAUUAACGAUGUGAAGAAUCAAAGUGUUACUGUUAUUUAAUGUUUUGUAAAUAAAUAACUUUAAAGUUAA